UCCACGAUCUUUCUUCUCCUUCUCUCUUUGAUCCUACUCUCACGUCUGCCGUUCACAAUCUUUACCCGGCCUCCAUCGACGUUUAGCUCCUCCUCCUCGUUCUUCUUCAAGACUCAAAAGGAUCUCCCAAACACCGCGCCUGAUCACCAUGCUCUCCAACGUGUCUUCCUCGCCCUUCCGUUCCCUUCUCCUCUUCCUUGUCGUCUCGAUCCAGCUGACCCUUGCUGCCUCAGUCGCCCAAGGUGAGCCCACUGCAAUUGAGGAGAGGGCCGACAAUGGCUUCUCCCUUUCCCUCAAGCGCAACAACCUCUGGGACCGCUCCGACCGUACGCCCCUCGAGAACCUCGAGGCUCAGACGAAGCACAUGAAGUCCAAAUACAGGCAAAACUUCCUCGCCUAUCACAACAACACGGGCCACUGCAGUCCUCAGAUGAACUCCAGCAUCUCCAUUGCCAGCCUCGAGGCGCGCGCCUUCGAGGAGGAUGUAGAGCGCUCCAUGCACCGAAGAUCAUCGGACAAGCACGGGCGUUCUAGACUGGAUGCUAGGGCGGGAUCCAAGGCGACUGUUGACUUGAAGGCGACCUCCGGCUACGUCCUCUGGCAGGGCAGCCUCAGCGUCGGAACCCCCGCUCAGUCGAUCAAGGUCACCUUCGACACUGGCUCCGCCGACUUUGUGACCAACCUCGGUCAGUACAGCGCCAAGAAGUCGUCCACGAGCAAGAACACUGGCAACAAAUUCUCCGUCUACUAUGCCGACGGCACCGGAGAGACAGGUUACGUCUACAAUGAGACAGUCACUGUAGGCAAGAGUGUCGCCAAGAAGCAGGCAGUAGGCAUUCCCACCUGGUCCAGCUUCGACUCCAGCGAGCCCGGACUGGUCGGCAUGGCAUUUGAGUCAAUCUCUCAGAUGAAGAGGCGCCCCUUGGUCCAGAACCUCUUCGCCCAGGGCGCCAUUCCCAAGGCCAUGUUUGGUGUCGCUCUCAGCCGAGACAGUGGCGAAGCCGAGAUGCAGCUGGGUGGCUACCAUCGCGCCAUGAUUGCUUCUGGUUCAUCGCUCAAGUGGAACUCCGUCGACAACAGUGGUGGAUUCUGGGUUCUAGAUGACGUCGACGUCAAAAUGUCCCGCACUCUUAGUGGCAAGACUUCCACUGGCUCAGUCACUGGCAGAUCUGCUAUCAUGGACACGGGAACAACGCUCAUCUACGGCCCUACUGCUGACGUCAAAGCUCUUUACGAGGGCGCCAAUGUCACAACCGUGACCCACGGUAGCAGUGUUUACGGUUACUACAGCAAGACGCCCAAUGUCACCUUCUCCGUUGGCGGUGUAGACUAUGCUAUCAAAGAUGCAGCUGUUUCGUACACCACGGCUAGCAAUGGAUUCAAGUACGGCUCCAUCAUUGGAACCGACGAUCUGGGCUUGGCUGAUGGCCAGUGGCUCAUUGGUGACCCGUGGUUCUCGAGCGUCUACUCCGUCUUCGACAUCACCAACACCCAAAUGGGCCUCGCUGCCGCCAGCUACUAGAGGUCCAGCCCAGUCACCAUCACCAUCUCUCUUGAGCAAUGAUGGCG